ACCACUUUAAAAGGUAACCAAUCUAUAAAUAGAAAUUUUGAAUGGUUAAAAAUUAACCAAAUUAUUCUUUCAUUCUCCAAAAAUAUAAAAUUACCUCAUUAGCUCUGGCCAUUUUCCUACCGGAACUCUUCCAUUUUUACGGUUUGUGUUGAGCUGAGUCAUAGGUUGCUUUACUUGGUGAAUCUGUGGGAAAUGAUUGUUGAAAAAUGAAGAAAGUGAAGAGAAAGCUCGGGAAGUAUGAACUUGGUAGAACUAUUGGUGAAGGGACUUUUGCCAAAGUUAAGUUUGCACGAAACACCGAGACUGGAGAGAAUGUUGCCAUUAAAGUCUUGGCGAAAAGCACCAUUCUUAAGCACAAAAUGGUUGAACAGAUCAAAAAAGAGAUAUCUAUCAUGAAAAUUGUCAGACAUCCUUGCAUAGUUCGGCUUCACGAGGUUUUAGCUAGCCAGACAAAAAUAUAUAUCAUUCAGGAGUUUGUCACAGGAGGAGAGCUUUUUGAUAAAAUUGUUCAUCUAGGUAGGCUUCCUGAGGAUGAAGCAAGGCGGUACUUUCAACAACUCAUAGAUGCAAUUGAUCACUGUCACAGUAAGGGUGUUUACCACCGAGAUCUGAAGCCUGAAAAUUUGCUUCUUGAUUUCCAAGGGAACUUAAAAGUUUCUGACUUUGGGCUUAGUGCAUUGCCUCAACAAGGAGUCGAGCUCCUCCAUACCAUUUGUGGUACUCCAAAUUAUGUUGCACCUGAGGUGUUAGGUAACCGAGGCUAUGAUGGUGCCGCUGCUGAUGUGUGGUCAUGUGGUAUCAUCCUUUAUGUUCUGAUGGCAGGAUAUCUUCCAUUUGAUGAGCCAGACCUUCAUACAUUGUAUACGAAGAUCAAUGCUGCUGAAUUUUCCUGUCCAUUUUGGUUUUCUCCUGGUGCAACAUCAUUGAUACGAAAAAUUAUUGAUCCAAAUCCUCGGACUCGGAUCAAGAUUGAAGGGAUAAAACGAGACCCUUGGUUCCGGAAAAGCUACAUGGCUGUUAGAGCUAAAGCAGACGAAGUAGUGAAUCUUGAUGAUAUCCGUGCUGUGUUCGAUGACAUUGAGGAUUCAUUUGUAACUGAAAAAUCUGAAAAUAGUGACAGUGGCCCCUUGGUAAUGAAUGCAUUUGAGAUGAUAACACUAUCUCAGGGAUUGAAUCUAUCAGCCUUGUUUGACAGGCGUCAGGAUUAUGUCAAGCGUCAAACUCGAUUUAUUUCCCGCCAACCUGCUAAAGUCAUCACUGCAAAGAUUGAAGCAGCCGCAGAGUCGUUGGGUCUUAAGGUCCACACACGUAAUUACAAGAUAAGAAUUGAGGGGUUAACGGCAAAUAAGGCCGGUCAAUUUGCUGUCGUGAUGGAGGUUUACGAAGUAGCCCCCUCCCUUUUUAUGGUUGAUGUUAGAAAGGCUGCUGGAGACACCCUUGAAUAUCACAAGUUCUACAAGACCUUCUGCUCGAAAAUUGACGACAUCAUUUGGAAACCAAAGGAGGGCAUGUCAAAUGCUGUUCUGCUUAGGACAAUGACUCGCUGAACCGGAUUUCAAUCUCUGGAAAUGAAGUGAAUCACUAAGCAGUAUGAUAUGGUCAGAAGAUGUUCAAAUUUUGCUGCUCGUGCCUUGUUUUGCACGCUAACAUUGUCGUGUUGGUACUGUGUCUAGUGUGGUUUCAUGUGGUGAAUUCACACUUGACCAUCUGCACCCUCUCUAAAUCUUUGUAAUUGCAUGUCUUACUGUUUAAUCUUGGUCUUAUUGUAUAUAAAUAUGUGUUAAACUUCCAAGACAUCUUCCAGUAAGAUGGCAACGACAUAUCUUAAGUGCUAUGCCAUGGAGUUGACAACUAAGUAUAUGCAACUAGUAAAUAGUACCGUCCAUGUUUUCUUUUUCUUUUUGCAA